AUGACUAAAAAUAACCUAACAGCUCACCUCAAAUGGCUGUUGCAGCAAGGCCCUUCCCUUUACCCCUCCUUAUCUCCGUUCGCGCACGAGUUUCGUAGCGCGGCCGACCGAAAUCCUACUGCUCCGGUGCCAGUGUCGGGAAUAUUGGCCAGCCAGCCAGAGGAGAUCCAAAUCGAUGAUUUGCAACCGAGUACCCAACCAGUUACUGCAAACAAUGUGAAGGAAAAGAAGGAGGAGGUUGAUCCAGACACCGAAAUGGCCCGACUGCUUCUUACUCCGGGAUCCGGACGCAAACCGCGGAUGCUCAGUCUUGCAAAAGACCCCGUUCCCACGCCGAAACCACUUAAAAGUAGCCAGCCUGCAAAAUCGCCUGCCAGAAGGCGUGAGGAGGUCCCGAGCACAAAAAUCAAAGGUGACCAGAGUCCCCAUUCUACCAUUCGCAGCCCCAAGACGCAUUCCUUGACGCCUUUCGGAUCGAAACGGCCAUUGCAUAUCAGGUCGCCAAUACCCGAGUACGAUAUUGAUACAAUUGACUUGACUGGCGAUUUUGAUCAAACCGCUCUUUCGUCCAGCACUUUCGAUGGGUUCGGUGAGCCACAUCGGUUAUGGACCGAAGACGCUGCAUCCCGGCAAGAGCCUCUCGAGAAGCGCGGGAAAAAGCGGAAGAGCGAUGAAUACAUAUCUGAUCUUGUUUCACCACGGAAGACCAGCUCUAAACCGCGCUCGCCAUUGAAGGCUGUUGAAACUGCGAAAUCCCAUCCCACCCCGGCGCGUCUCCCACACAAAAAGUCACCUCGCACGACCAAGAAUGACACUGCAUCUCGUCGGGCGAAGGAACCGGCAGCCGCUCCUCCGUUCUCUCAGAGUUCUCGCGUUGAUCAUGUCAUCGCUGACUCGGACGACGAUGGUGAUGACAACUUGUUUGACGACUGGAUUCACGACGGAGAGGGCCCGACGUUAGACUCGAACGAGUCGCUCUAUCCAAUCCUGCCUAACCAAGAUAGCUCAGACGAGCAUCCGGCUGUUAGCCCUGUCAGAAAGACGACACGUGCUUCCCCGCCGGCAUCUGAUGUGAUGGAUAUCGUGCCUUCCAGCAUUCGUAAAACCAAGAAAGAGACGUUGUCCACCCCUAGUCAGAUGACUCAUGUACCUGCUUCUACCAAUUCUCCCGCGUCCCAACCUCAGAAUGAAGAAGUGGCAAAGUUCCUGGCCCUGUCAGCAGAGUCUCUUGAAGGAGCAAUCGCAAGUCUCAAAACCACGCUUACGAAGAACUCUGAGAUAGUGUAUGAACGGGCAAUGAAGGGAGAGCUCGCACCUGACUUGAUCGCCGAAAACAAAACCCUCACAGACCGUAUAGAAGCGAUUGAAUUGUUGAAGCAGCAUCGGACGGCAUAUCAAUCUCACGACUCAAAGAGGAAUAUGCUUAAGAAAAGAAUCAUGCAGGUCAUUACACAGGGUGGGGAUCCACAUACGAUGCCAGAGCUAGCGGAAAGUCGAGAAGCAGCAACUCGGCUGGAGAAGGUUGAGUCGAACAUACAACUUCUGCUUGCACGAUCUAAGUUAAUGUCUAUUCAACCAUCCAACCCCGAAAUUCUCCCUCGUGGGCUAGAGCGGCCAACCCCGUUGCCUCGUCCAUCUUCUCUGUCGAUCUCGGCGAUGGAUGACACGAUACUAUCAGGGCCAUCGUCUCGAUCUAUCACACGGUCAACAAUGGACUACAAUGGCUCACGGUCUGAGAUUUCUACCCGGGUCUCAGACCUAUCCUUCAAAAACACCAAUGGUACUUCAAGUUACAGGGCAUUUGACUACGACGAUCCUACGACCCUGGAUGAUGAAGAUACGUUUACUCGGACCAUGGGCUCACCCACGCUUCCAACUGAAGAGCCAGAUGAGUUUGACUUGGAUGAUGAAGAAAUGCUCGAAGCGGCCGGCUUUCUCGAUAAUUCCUACUCAUUCGCGACAGAAGGUCACGAGCCCCAGAGUCGCAAGGUUUUCGCUGAAACUUCAGGCAACGUCUCUCGGAUUCCCCCUUCCCAACAGAAGUCACAAAGCCAUACCGCUCUGUGGAACCAACAUGCAUGGUCCAAGGACGUCCGGAACGCUCUGAAGGAUCGUUUCCAACUUCGUGGGUUCCGUCUCAAUCAACUCGAGGCCAUAGACGCGACUUUGAGUGGAAAGGAUACAUUUGUCCUGAUGCCCACUGGGGGAGGCAAGUCCCUUUGUUACCAACUACCCUCGGUUGUUACUUCUGGCUCCACAAGAGGAGUUACAAUCGUGGUAUCCCCACUGCUUAGUUUGAUGCAGGACCAAGUGUCCCAUCUGAAUCGAUUGAACAUCAAGGCAUACCUGUUGAACGGAGAGACACCGAGGGAGCAGCGGCAAUGGAUCAUGAGUACCUUGUCGGGCUCCAUGCCGGAGGAAGACAUUGAACUGCUAUACAUUACACCGGAAAUGAUCAAUAAAAGCCAGGCCAUCACUCGAAGCUUGGAAAAACUCAACCGCAGUCGUAGGCUCGCACGUCUUGUCAUCGAUGAAGCGCAUUGUGUCAGUCAGUGGGGACACGAUUUCCGUCCUGACUAUAAAGAGCUUGGAGAACUUAGGAAUCAGUUACCCGGAGUCCCCAUGAUGGCACUGACGGCGACUGCCACUGAGAAUGUCAAAGUGGACGUCAUCCAUAACCUGAAGAUGGAAGGCUGCGAGGUGUUCUCCCAGAGUUUCAACCGGCCGAACUUGACGUAUGAGGUGCGGAUCAAGAAAAAGGGAACGGAGCUUCUGGCCAGCAUAGCCAAUACGAUCAAGACUUCAUACCCGAACAAGUCUGGCAUUGUAUAUUGCCUAUCGCGCAAGACAUGUGAAAAAGUUGCGAGCAGCCUGCGGGAUGACUAUCGCAUCAAAGCAGCACAUUAUCACGCCGGUAUGGAUUCGGAAGCGCGUGCAGAAGUUCAGCAGGGCUGGCAAGCUGGAAGGACUCACGUUAUAGUCGCAACAAUCGCUUUUGGGAUGGGUAUCGACAAACCUGAUGUGCGUUUCGUGAUUCACCACAGCAUUCCCAAGAGUCUGGAGGGAUACUACCAGGAAACGGGGCGGGCUGGUCGAGACGGGAAGCGGUCUGGCUGCUACCUCUAUUACUGCUAUAAAGACACAACGACCAUUUCUAGCAUGAUUGACAAGAGCGACGGGAGCAAGCAGCAGAAGAAUCGGCAACGGCAGAUGCUCCACAACGUCGUACAGUACUGCGAAAACAAGAGCGACUGCAGGAGAGUGCAAAUUCUUGCCUACUUCAAUGAGUACUUCCGUCGACAGGACUGCAAUGCCUCGUGUGAUAAUUGCAAAUCUGAUUCUGUCUUCGAGCUCCACGACUUCUCCCACCAUGCUGCCUCCGCCAUAAAGGUCGUUCGCUACUUUCAGAGCAUUGACGACAAGGUUACCAUGUCGUACUGCGUGAACAUCUUUCGUGGGAGUGUGAAGAGAUUUAGAUCUCCUCAACACCGUCAAGCUCCUGGCCACGGCGACGGUUCGGACUUAGAACUAGGGGAAGCAGAACGCCUGUUCCAUAGACUCCUUGGCGAGGGAGCUCUGGUUGAGGAGAAUGUCGUCAAUGGCAGCAAAUUUGCUAUUCAGUAUAUCAAACUUGGGCGGCGAGCCGCGGAUUUUGAGAGCGGGCGUUGUAAACUGAAGCUGGACGUGCGAGUUUCACCGAAUGGAAAGGGACGGAGGUCGAAUGUAGGAUCGCGGGCUGAUGGCGGCAAAGAGUAUCAUCCGCAAUCCACGAAUGUCUCGUCACCUGUGCAAGCGGCGAAUCAGCGUCGUCUCGCUCGUUUCCAGUACCGUGGCGCCGAGGGUGACUCCACUGCGGAUGAAGACAGUGAUGGCUUCGAAAGGAUUCGAAUCGCCGGCAAACCACAACAAGAGCGAAGGCGCACCCCUGGCCCGCCAAUCACCCAAGACCGUCGAUUUGAGCAGCUGGAUCCUCUUCACAAGGCAGUUGCGGAGGAUUUCAUGGUUUACGCCAAGAACUAUUGUCAAGACCUUGUUUUGCAGAAAGGCCUUCGCAACCAACCGUUUACGGACAGCAUCCUGCGUGAGAUGGUCAUUGUUUUCCCCAAAGAUAUGACGGAACUUGCCGCGAUUCCAGGGAUCGAUACCGAUAAAGUUCACCGAUAUGGAGCCCAAAUUCUGAAACUUGUCCGCGACACGCAACGCCGUUACGCGGAGUUGAAGAAAGAGCAGGAUGAUGCUGAUGGGGUGGUUCCGGAUCCCAACCACCACAACGUGAUUAACCUUACGAGUACCGAGGAUGAAUUCAGCGACGGCGGUAUCUUUACGGACCAUGGGACGACACUCAAUCUGGAUGAGACUGUGUCCAGUCGGUACUUCUCGCAACAAACCGCUGGCCUCGACUCUGCCGACGAGGAGGAUGCCCCUGAGAAGUCCAGUAGACCUAGGUCUCGGAAACGUCCAACAGACAAGCGCCCUCGUCAGAAGAGCGCUGCCCCCAGAUCUAGGACCAAAACGCCGGGAGCCAGGAGAAAAUCAGGUGAUCGCACGGAUAACCGUGCCUCUUUCCCCCGAAAAAGUGCCAAGGCGAAACAGCCAACCAGUCGAAUUGGGAUGAUGCCUAUCUGA